AUGACAGAAAACCUCGAAAGCAAAAAAGACUUCACCGUCACCAUAGUAGGUGGCGGGAUAGGCGGCCUCACACUCGCAGCAGGACUCCUCCGCCGCAACGUCUGCGUUCAAAUCUACGAAGCAGCAUCCGCAUUUGCAGAAGUCGGUCUAGGCCUUUCGAUUGGACCUGCCGCGCAUCGUGCAAUGCCCCUGAUUGAUCCUCAAAUUCGGGAGAUCUACGAUUCUCUUGUGACCACGCACGCUGAUAGUCCUGGCUACGAAUCGUUUCGGGAAACAUGGUUUGAGAUUGUUUGGGCCUCUGGCGCAAAGGAAGGAGAUACACUGAUGAAUUUGAAGGCCUUGCCGUCUGGGCAGACUACGCUGAGGAGGGCGGACUUUCUAGAUGCACUGAUUAGUCUUGUUCCGCGGGAUAUUGUGCAUUUUGGGAAGAGACUUGAUAAACUUGUGGAAAAUGAAGAUGGAGUGUUGCUGAGCUUUGCUGAUGGGAGUAAGGUUCGAGCGGAUGUGGUAGUUGGUUGUGAUGGUAUUAAGUCUAAAGUUAAGGAGUCUAUGCUGCCCGAAGAGUCGAGGGAUAAGCAGCCCCAGUACAGUGGGAUGUAUGCUUAUCGAGCUGUGGUUGAUAUGGAGGAUAUGGUGGAGGCCGUUGGAGAUCAGAGAGCGAGAGUGUCAACUAUUUAUGUCGGAGAGGGGGCUUAUGGUAUCUCUUAUCCUAUUGUGCGCGCGAAGAAGGUAAAUGUUGGUCUUUACGUGUUGAAAGAUAUUUGGGAGCACGAUACAUGGGUGCGACCUGCGUUGAGAGAGGAUCUAGAGCAUGAUGCGGGGAGCAUGGGACGUUAUUGGGAAUCUUUGAUUAAGCAUAUGCCUGACCCGUCGCAAUGGGCACUGUUCGAGCAUCCUCACCUCUCGACAUUUUGCAAAUCUCGGGUCGUUAUACUCGGCGAUGCCGCGCAUGCCUCUACACCACACCAGGGAGCUGGAGCUGGACAAGCAAUUGAGGAUGCACAUGUUCUAGCAGAGCUACUUGGUGAUCUGCGGGUUUCAUCUGUGCAGCAUGUCGUGGCGGCGUUCAAAGCUUAUGAUGAGAUUAGGCGGCCUCGAAGUCAACGGGUUGUCACUAGUAGCAAGGAAGGUUCAUAUCUCCUUUGUUUAUGCUUAGAUGGGGUUGGUGAUGAUGAGACAAAAUUAAAAGUUACGUUGGAGGAGCGACUUAAGUGGCUUUGGGAUCUAGACAUGCAAGGUCAAGCAGAGCGAGCACGAGAGAGAAUGAUUGAAUAUAUGCAUAAAUAG